AUGAAUUUUAAUGAUCAAAAAAAUUUUCUUGAUCAUCUAAUUCCAACAUUUGCUCAUCUAAAUGAUGACGACUUCAUUUCUAGGAUGAAAAAUAUCUUUGAAUCUCGAGAAAUAAAUAUUUGUGUCCAAAAAGAGUUGCUUGAUCAACUAAUUCUAACAUUCGCUCAACUAAAUGAUGACGACUUCAUUUCUAGGAUAAAAAAUAUCUUCGAAUCUCGAAAAAUAAAUAUUUGUGUUCAAAAAGAGUUGUUUGAUCAACUAAUUCCAACAUUCAAUCAACUAGACAAUGAUGACUUUAAUUCUAAGAUAAGAAAAAUAGUUGAAUCCCGAAAAAUAAAUACCUAUAUUCAAAGAAAACGUAAUGACAUAUUUAUAUGUCUUUGUAAUUUACCUGAUCAACAAGUAUGUGAUGCAUUAAAUCUUCUUCAAACUAUGACCUAUCCUCGAGGAAAUCAUAAAAGAGAGAUAAUUUCUAUAUAUUUACAAAAAAAGGUACGUGAAUUUCUUGACACUACCAAACAAAUUCGUCCUGCUCAAUUUCAACGUGCAGCUAGCAAAUUAUUUAAAUCUAAUAAUAAAGAAUAUAAUGCCAAUUUUGUAAAAUUAGCUGCUGAUAUAAGUAAUAUAGGGCAAACCUCAAUACACGCAACAAAUAAUGAAAUCGCAGCUAUAACUUCUAAUCAAAAUAGUCCUAAAGAGACUUCUUCUAGGUUUUUCGGUUAUGGUAUUAUGGCCAAUAAAAGUACGCGAGGUAAAAAGAAAGUAUUAAUUAUUUGUUUUUCAUAUUGGAAUAAUAUUAAAGAAAAGCCAAUAAUUACCGUUGCCAAAGUAACCGAUAUAACACAUUGUAAUGCAGAAACAAUUUCGACUACGCAGCUUCCAAAUCAUUUCGAAUACCUUGUGGAUUACACGCAACCCAUAUUGCUCUAA